CCCGGGUUGGCCAGGUUUCACAUCGUGUGUUUUCUCUGCUGAAGUCCUGCCGCCAGCGCACAAGCACAAGCGCCUAGCAUAGGGGUUGGAAGGGCUGACAAAAUGUAGAGGCUGUCUGUGCGAUCCUUGUUUCAAGAUUUCCUGCAUCCAUCAACUGCCACGGUCACUGUGCUGAAACAGGUUCAAUAAGAAGCUGCAGCACCGAGCAGGACCCACGCAAUUGCUGUCCUUCGGGGUUCACAGGCAAGGAAGGGACACCAAGGAGUGGGCGUUGUAAGAUCCCGGACGACAGCCCUUACUUGAUGAGGCUCGAGAGCGGUCGGUUCUCUUAUUUCAUAAGGGACCUUUAAAAACUAUAUGAAAAUCCGUUCUCAAGGAGACUUGCUCCUCCUCUGUAAUGGAAAAAUACGAAAAAAUUGGAAAGAUUGGAGAAGGCUCCUAUGGGGUAGUGUUCAAGUGCAGAAACAGGGACACGGGUCAGAUCGUGGCCAUCAAGAGGUUUCUGGAAACCGAAGAUGACCCUGUCAUAAAGAAAAUCGCCCUUCGAGAAAUCCGCAUGCUCAAGCAACUCAAACAUCCCAACCUUGUCAGCCUCCUGGAAGUCUUCCGGAGGAAGCGGAGGCUUCAUCUGGUGUUCGAGUACUGCGACCACACAGUGCUUCACGAGCUGGAUCGGUACCAGAGGGGGGUACCAGAGCCUCUCGUGAAGAACAUAACUUGGCAGACACUACAGGCUGUAAAUUUCUGCCACAAACACAACUGCAUACACAGAGACGUGAAGCCGGAAAACAUUCUCAUCACCAAACAGUCAGUCAUUAAGCUCUGUGACUUUGGGUUUGCACGGCUUCUCACUGGACCAGGUGACUACUACACAGACUACGUGGCCACCCGGUGGUACCGCUCACCCGAGCUGCUAGUGGGAGACACACAGUACGGUCCCCCCGUAGAUGUCUGGGCAAUUGGCUGUGUGUUUGCUGAGUUGCUGUCCGGUGUGCCUCUGUGGCCAGGAAAAUCCGACGUGGAUCAGCUCUACCUGAUAAGGAGAACCCUGGGGGAUCUCAUUCCCAGGCACCAGCAAGUAUUUAGCAUGAAUCAAUACUUCAGUGGGGUGAAAAUUCCAGACCCUGAAGACAUGGAAACGCUCGAGUUGAAGUUUCCAAACAUCUCCUACUCUGCGCUGAGCUUCUUAAAGGGCUGCCUCCAUAUGGACCCCGCUGAGAGGCUGACAUGCGCACAGCUGUUGCAGCAUCCGUAUUUUGACAGCAUCCGAGAAGUUGGGGACUUGACGAGACAACAUGACAAACCAGCGAGGAAGAAGACCCUGAGGCAGAGUAGAAAGCACUUGACUGGGUUGCAGUAUCUACCUCAGCUAACCAGCAGCCACACCCUUCCAGCUUUGGACAAUAAGAAGUACCACUGUAGUACCAAGAGAUUUAACUACCAUUUUCCAAAUAUUUAAGGAGCUGGCAGAGUGAUGAAGAAUUGAUCAAUACUUGGAAGAAAAAAAUGUACACAUUUGAUUCCUGUCUUGAACACACAUCAGGAGACAACACAAACAGGAAGCUGGGGGUCGUUUGCCAGGACACGAAGGGAAAUUCCAGAUCCCAAGUUCCAUGCUUGGUGGGGGUGUCCAGAGAAGAAAACAAAAGCCCGGGGUUUUGGCUAGUUUUUUUGUUUCUCUAAGCAGCAGAGCUUAUGGACAGAAUACAAACUGUAUCUCCUGCCCACAGCUGCAAUAUCAGAUAACGUCAAAAGACCUACGCUUCAGGUUGCUCUCUGCCACAUGCAGAAAGUGGAUCAAGAAAUGUCCAUAUACAUUUAUUUGGAUGUGUUGCCUUGAGUCCUAUCUUCUAUGUUGUUUGCAAAUCAUAUUUAAGUAUGAUUUUAGUCCCUGAAAUCAAAAUGUUUGUGAUUCUAUUUCUUGUUUGCUCUUUCUUGAUUUUUAUGGUUUAAGAAUUUUUUAGAAUUAUCUAAGUUGAUCCAAAUGUCAAAAAUCAUAUCUAGAUUAUCUUAAAACUUAGCAGUUUUUAUGCUUUUAUAGCCAAUGAGAUACUUAUACAUCUUACAUACACUUUUAUCUUUAAGAUCAGGAUAGGAGAGACCGGGUGUGGUGGCGCACGCCUUUAAUCCCAGCACUUGGGAGGCAGAGGCAGGUGGAUUUCUAGGUUCGA